ACCGUCUGCGCCUCCGCAGACCACCAUCUCCCCUCCUACCCCACCGCGACUAUCGAUGAGUCGAGCCAUUCGCUCAGUCCGUUGCAGCGAGCAGCUCGCUACUCGCGAGGACGUUGUGUCCUCUCUUUUGGACUUAAGCAUGCUCCAGGCUCGUCAGGAGCGACUCACCCUCCAUAUCGUUGCACUGCGUUGCCUUCUCACCAUCCUCUCUGACCCUGAUCGCACCCUCCCGAUCAUCCCCGUACGAUUGGGGACCUCCACGAGGGUGUACUCAGCGUUGUGGGAUUUCGGUUCUCAGGGCGGCUUCAUUCACCCACGCGUGGUGAAAGAAGCCCGCUUACCCACGACAGGGUCUCCGACUCCCAUCUCUAUCACCCUAGGGGAUGACAAGAUCCAGCGCUUCUUCGAUCAGGCGGUCACUGACCUCCCCUUCUUCCUCACUCUCGAGCCGACUUAUCGUCCCCCGGCGUCUCGUUGUCACCGCUCCUCGGCACAUUUCGAUGUGAUGGAGACGGGGUAUGACUUCAUUCUCGGCACUCUGUGGUCUCGUCGGUUCCGCAACACCGAGGCCGAUUGGGCGACCAACACUCUCGUUCUCAAAACGAAGUGUGGACAGACGUAUCGCGUACCUUUCAUAGGUACCACUGCGACAGCAGGCCCCGAUCCUCCUCCCCCGGAGCCUUCUGUGCCCACACCAUCUCCUUCUAUCACUGUCACCUCGCCUCGGCAGUUCGCCCACUUCAUCCGACAAGACAACAUCACCUUCUUUAUGGUGAACGUGACGGAUCUCUUACACUAUGAUCCACCCUGUCCCGACGCCGAGCUCAUCCCUCUGGAGCCAGAUCCUCCUUCUAUCUCCAUGGCUCCCAUCUCAACUUCCGCCCCUCCGCCGUCCGUCGAGUCCACCCCGUCGUCGCGCACUGACGCUGACGGUGAGGAACUCGCACGCUAUACGGCCGACCUGGAGCCCGCAGUUCGUGACCUCAUUCGAGAGUACCACGACAUUUUCCCAUCGUCGUUCUCGUACGCCGGCAUCCCACCGAUGCGCGACGUCGAGCACUCCAUCCAGCUUGUGCGUGACUACCGUGUUCACCACCGGGCACCCUACAGACUCUCGAUCCCCGAGGCCACCGAACUCAAGCGUCAGCUUGAGGAACUCCUGAGACCGGGCUUCAUUAAACCCAGCAACUCCCUGUGGAGUGCACCCGUCCUCUUUGCUCGCAAAGCGGGUGGAACUCUCCGUCUCUGCAUCGACUAUCGCGGCAACCGCUUCUUUACGAAGAUUGAUCUUCGUAGCGGUUACCAUCAGAUCCGCGUCGCUGCAGCCGACCAGCCGAAGACAGCGUUCCGAUCGCGCUUCGGCCAUUACGAGUUCACGGUGAUGCCAUUCGGCCUCACCAACGCACCCGCUACCUUUCAGAGGGCGAUGAACAACAUCUUCAGGGACAUCCUGGAGCAGUACAUUCUCGUUUACCUCAACGAUAUCCUGGUCUACAGUCGUACCCUUGAGGAGCACCCCAGAUACCUCCGCGACGUCCUUGACCGCUUGCGCAGACAUGGCUUCUAUGCCAAGCUGAGCAAGUGCCGCUUUGCCCAGCACAAAGUGGAUUUCUUAGGACACUACGUGUCUGACCAGAGUCUCCACAUGGACGACGCGAAGAUCACUGCUAUUGCGGAGUGGCCCGUCUCCACAUCCGCCAAGCAGCUUCGCAGCUUCCUAGGCCUUACCAGCUAUCAUAGUAAUUUCAUCCAGGGAUACGCUAGGUAUUCCUACGUCCUUACCUCCACCCUCCUCCGGAAGAACCCACCCUGGGCUUGGACACCCCUCCAUGAGGACGCCUUCCGCGCCCUCAAGAAGGUGGUGACAUGCGCACCGGUUCUUCACCUACCCGAUUUUGACCGCCCCUUUAUCCUUACCACCGAUGCGUCAGACUUUGCUGUAGGAGCAGUGCUUUCUCAGAUUUCCCCCUCCUCUCCUGAUUCCUCUCAUCCUCGUAUCCCUCACUUCCCACCCCCUACCCCUACCACUGCCUCCCGACUUACGCCUACUCAUCUAGCUACUGACGAACCUUCUAUUAACUAUUCUCCUACCAUUGCCGAGGACGACACUGUGGAGUCUUGCUCAGGUGAUUGUCUGAUAGCCUUCUACUCCCGUCAGCUCCUGCCCGCCGAGAUAAACUACACUGCUGAUGAACGUGAGGUUCUCGCAGUAGUUUAUGCCGCUCGGCAUUGGCGUCACUACCUGCACGGGGCACCAUUCAUGGUGCGCACGGACAACUCUGUUGUUCAGGCUUUUCUGACAAAGUCGAAGCGCACUCCUCGACAGGCUCGCUGGUGGCGCGACCUAUCCGAGUUUAGUUUCACCACUGAGCACAUCAAGGGUGAGACUAAUCAGGUCGCAGAUGCCUUAUCCCGGCGUCCUGACCACGACCAGGAGCAGAUCCAACUCUCUUCCAUCUCGGUCACCACCGUCCACCACUCGGUGAUCGAUGAGUUUCGCACUCAGUACCGCCACUGCCCCGACUAUCACGACAUCCACGCGACCCUUCGGAGUGGCAAGACCGUCCCGAACUACUCUCUCGGGGACAACGGUCUUGUGUACUGGCACGGUUCACAGGGCACCAAAGAGCCCCAGUGUCCCACCUGUCAGGAGUUGAACAGUGCAAACCACCUUCCUUAUGGUUUGCUUCAGCCUCUUCCUAUCCCUGAGGGUCGUUGGCAGUCCAUCUCGACGGACUUUAUCGGUCCCCUUUGUCCUCCGACCCCCCGCGGUCAUGAUGCUAUCCUGGUUGUCGUCGACCGCUUCACGAAGCGUGCACGCUUUGUUCUGUGCCUCUAUGCCAUCAGUGCACGUGAGGUCACCGACAUCGUGUUUGACCGAGUCGUGCGUGACCACGGCUUACCUCUAAGCAUCAUAUCUGACCGUGACCCGCGUUUUACCAGCCGAUUCUGGCGACGACUCCACGAGGUGUACGACACACAGCUCCGCUUCUCCUCGUCUUACCAUCCUCAGACUGAUGGUCAGACUGAGAUCACGAACAAGACUCUCGGAGAUAUCCUCCGAAAGAUUGUUCGUGACGACCAGCGGUGGGAUCUCCAUCUUGUCCAUGCGGAGAUAGCCUACAACCACGCCGUCUUGCCACUCACGGGGAUGUCGCCUUACUAUUGCGACCUCGGCUAUCUCCCUUGUGUUCCCGCAGACUUCCUUCGACCGUCGCAGAUGCACCCCGACACGAGUUGUCCCGCGCUGGAUGAUUGUAUGACGUCGAUCAUGAAGACCGCACAUGAGCACAUAGCCGCUUCCCAGACUCGCAUGGCAGCACGUGCGAACCGAUCGAGGAUGGACCAUCCAUUCAAAGUCGGUGAUGUUGUGCUUAUCGACGCCCGCCACUUAAAGCUCGAAGCGGACACACUUCACAAAUUUCGGCGUCGCUUCUUUGGCCCAUACCGCAUCCUCCAGGCCGUCGGUUCUGAUACGACAUCUAGCCUGGUCAGCUUCCGUGUGAAGCUGCCCGACUACCUACGUCAGGCUCGUGUGCACGAUGUCUACCACGUCUCGUUACUGCGUCCUUACCGCAGACUGUCUGAGCGUUUCGUUGGACGACCAUACGAGCGCCCUCCACCCAUCAUGGUGGACGACCACGAGGAGUUCCUCGUUUUAGACAUCAUUGGUCGCCGAGUCACCGACGACAACCCUCCCCACGUCGAGUAUCUCGUACGUUGGAAGGGUUACCCUGAUGAGGAGGCUACCUGGGAGCCCCUCGAGCACUUGCAGCACGCUCGCAUGUUGGUGCGUGCCUAUGACCGUGCUCGUCGUGCUGGGUUCACUGCUCCUCCUCAGCCCACUGACCCUCCUCCUUCUCCCCCGACUGACGAGACCGCUGAAGUCGAGCCUGCUCCAUCUGAGGCAGACCUUCAGCAGCAGCCGGAUGCUUCUGAGCGUCCACAUCGCACUCGUCGUCGCCCUGCUCGAUAUGACGAUUGACUCUGACUUAUCUUCCCACAUCUUUGAAUUCUCUGUACUUCAUGCGCUCCAGUUUUGCUA